GCAAUUGGGCAACGCCACAACUUAACGCAGCGCUUUGCAACUGCACCUUCAACAACACAUCGAAAAGGCAGAAUACGGCUGCAGUUGUACAGCAGCAUUAUUUUCUGCGGCCAACAAUGGAACGGGAGAUGCUUUUUUAUCCAAAGUGGCACGGCGCGCUUUGGUUAGAGAUUUUGAUGAUAUUGUCGAUAUUGCAUGACACCAGCCCUGAGAUAACCUGCAGGUCGUGUCAGGUUGGAAAUGCGGGGCUUGCGCGGGAAUUGUGGAUGGAAUUUGCCACGAGCGAAAGUGUGACUGGAUUGAAAGAAGUUGACGGACGCAGCGACGGGGCUGCGGGGAGAUCCCGGGCUGCAAGAGACGCAACUCCAAGGCUCCAUCACGAACCGGAUCAGGCAGACGGGAAAACAGAAACGCUGCGCUCAAACGAUCGAGUCGGUGAUUUGAUCAAAGUUUCGCGGCACAACGGCAACGGCGGUGCGUACGGAACGCGCGGCAGAAGGAGCAGUGAUCGGAGCACAGUCGGACGCCCGGAUUCUGGAAGCAGAGUGACGCGCUCCGAACUGCGCUGGAGCGGCGAGCAAAGGAGAACCGGCGGCGCCAGACAAGACGAGCUCCAACUUAAUAGCUCCACGUUUGCCUUGAGCGGGGAUUCAUCUCACAACCAAGCGAUGGUGCACUGGUCUGGCCACAACAGCAGCGUGAUUUUGAUGCUGACCAAAUUAUUUGACUUCAACCUCAACAGUGUUACUGAGAGCUCACUAUGGAGGUCAACUGACUAUGGAGCAACAUACCAGAAACUGAAUGACAAAGUUGGAGCAAAGACAAUACUCAGUUAUUUGUACGUGAGCCCAAACAACAAAAGAAAGAUUAUGCUCUUAACGGAUACCGAAGUGGAGAACAGUCUUCUCAUCAGUUCUGAUGAAGGAGCAACAUACCAGAAGUACCGGCUGAACUUCUAUAUCCUCAGCCUGCUCUUCCAUCCCGAGCAAGAGGACUGGAUUCUGGCUUAUAGUCAUGAGCAAAAGCUCUACAGCUCAGUGGAGUUUGGGAGGAGGUGGCAACUGGUACAUGAGAGAGUGACUCCAAAUCGUUUUUACUGGUCAAAAAUGGGUUUGGACACGGAGCCGGGUUUGAUUCACCUGGAAACCGCCAUCUCUGAAGGACAGGCACUGUAUGUCACCUGCAAGCUGCAGAACUGCACAGAUGCCAACAAGGGCAAACCAUUCCCUGGCUACAUUGACCCCAAUUCUCUGGUGGUUCAAGAUGAGUAUGUGUUUGUCCAGGUGUCAACUACAGGGAAGCCAAUCUACUAUGUGUCUGCAAAGAGAGAUGUCUUUACUCCAAUGAAACUGCCAAAGUACACUUUUCCCAAGGACUUGCAUGUCAUCAGUACGGACGAAAAUCGAGUAGUGGCAGCUAUACAGGAGUGGAACCAGAAUGAAACCUAUAAUUUGUAUGUGUCUGACACAUCAGGUGUCUUUUACACUCUGGCUUUGGAGAAUGUUGUCAGUAGCAUGGGCCCUGAAGGAAACGUCAUGGUUGAUCUAUAUGAGGUGGCAGGAAUAAAAGGCAUGUUCUUGGCCAACAAAAAGUCAGAUAAGCAAGUGAAGACACAUAUUACCUACAAUCGAGGCAGAGACUGGAGGUUAUUGCAGGCUCCAAGCAAAGACCUGCAAGGCAAUAGCAUACACUGUAUGCCACCAUAUUGUUCAUUGCAUCUUCAUCUUCAUGUCUCUGCAAAUCCCUACACAUCUGGAAACAUAGCAAGUAGGGACUCAGCGCCUGGGAUCAUUGUGGCAUCAGGUUCCUUUGGUUCUGAGCUGACCACCAGCAAUGUCAGUGUGUACAUAACGUCGGAUGCAGGCAACACAUGGAGACAGAUCUUCAGUGAGGAGUAUGCAGUGCUGUAUCUUGACCAAGGAGGAGCCUUAGUUGCAAUAAGACAUACUCCACUUCCCAUCAGACACUUGUGGUUGAGCUUUGACGAAGGACGGCAGUGGAACAAGUACAGCUUCACCAACACACCUCUGUUUGUGGAUGGUGUGCUCGGAGAGCCAGGGGAGGAGACACUAAUCAUGACGAUAUUUGGCCACAUCAGUCAUCGCUCAGAGUGGCAGUUAGUGAAAAUAGACUUCAGGUCCAUCUUCAACAGGAGAUGCACAGAGACCGAUUAUCAGCCGUGGCACCUUCAUAAUCAGGGGGAGCCCUGUCUGAUGGGUGUGAAAAGAAUCUAUAGGAAGCUGAAGCCCACUUCCAGGUGUGUGAUGGGAAAGCUGUACUUGGCUUCAGUGUCGUCUGGUCCUUGCGACUGCACAGAAGCUGACUUUGAAUGUGAUUAUGGCUAUGAGCGACGGACGAAUGGGAAGUGUACUCCUGCCUUUUGGUUUCAUCCAUCAGUAAUGUCCAGAAAUUGCACAACAGGGAUGACCUUCCUGAACAGCACAGGCUACAGGAAGGUGGUUUCGAACAACUGUAACGCUGGAGUCAUUGUGGAGUACACAGCCAAGAGGCAGCAAUGUCCCAUGCAAGCACCCAAAGGUAUCCACCUGGUCACCAGUGAGGGUACACUGUCAGCUGAACUGGGCACGAACGUCACCUUUCUCAUUUUUCUGGAGCAGGGUGACGGGGCACGAACAAGCAUUACACUGGACUUUGGGGAUGGUCACGCUCUGACAUAUUCUAAUCUGAGCUUCAUUGAGGAUGGGAUAAAACACAUCUACAAAAACGCAGGGAUCUACCGGGUGACUGCUGUGGGGAAAAAUAGCCUUGGCACAGAGACUGCGGUUCUCUACCUGCACAUAAUAUGUCAGCUGGAAUUCAUCUAUCUCUCAGCUCCCUUUGUGACUGUGAAGAAUAAAGAGGUGAACCUGACAGCGAUUCUGUGGCCGAGCCAAGUGGGAACGGUUACCUAUAUCUGGUGGAUUGGAAAUCGCACUAAGCCCAUAAUCACCCUAGAGGCCAGUGUGACAUGUACAUUUUCCCAGGAAGGCAUCAGUACAGUCACAGUGCAGGUGUCUGCAGGGAAUACUAUUCUGCAGGAAAGAAAGGCCAUCUCGGUCCAUGAAUACUUUCAAUCUCAUCUGCUGACGUUUUCUUCUAACCUGGACGACCACAACCCUGAUGUUCCAGAAUGGAGGCUGGAUGUGAGCAGAGUCAUCAAGAAUUCGCUUAUACAGGCCACAGGUGUGAAUGGGGAUCAUCUUCUGGUCACUGUUCUCCCUGGUUUGCCUACAACAGCAGAGUUCUUCCUCCUGCUUGACGCACAGCUAAUUGAAGGGGAACACAAGAAGAAAUCUACUCAUUUAAAUCAGCUCUCUGAGAUGAUGCUGAGUGCCUUGAAUCAAAAUCUGGUUCAGUUCACCCUGCGGCCUGGGGUCCAGGUCACUGUUUAUGCAGCACAUCUAUCAGCAGCACCCCUAGUGGACAGCAGCGAGAACCACAGUACAUCUGCUAUGCUGAUGCUGCUAUCAGUUGUGGUUGUGGGUUUAGCUGUAUUUAUCAUCUAUAAAUUCAAGAGGAAGAUCCCAGGCCUCAACGUCUAUGCGCAGAUGCAGAACGAAAAGGAACAAGAAAUGAUGAGUCCAGCUAAUCCAACAGAGUCCACGCCCAGCCCACAGCGGGACGUGGUUCAUUCUUUGGAGACUUUGGACACAGCGUUUAACUCACGGCUCAUCGAAUUUAAACGGUCCAGCCCAGGAGUGCAUGGAAACUAAAAAGCUAAAUAAGAUGUAGGAAACCUCAUGUUCAUGUGAAAGUCUCUACAGAACUUCCCACAUGCGUCCUCUAAACUGUGGACUGGAACACCACUCCUGCUGCAUCAUAUAUUUGUUUUCAAUAAUUUGGGACUCUGUGUUUUUUUUAGCUUUAUACCUGUGCAUGUUGGACCUUACUGACACAUAGUGUGCUCUAUUACAAACCAGAGAAAAACUGUGUAAGUGUUGAUUUUUCUUUAAACACAUUCAAUCAAUAGUAUUUUUUAUUACAUCAUAAUUUAUACAAGCCACGCCAACAAUUCAAUUGCAUCAUGAUCAAGAAAGGUGACAAAUGUCAUAAAAAGUAAGUUUUUGGUUUUGCCUACCAGAGAAGACUGUUUAUAUGCUAUGUGAAGCUAAUAGUUAAACUGUAUUAUUUAUUCAUAUAUGAAUAUAAAUCUGUUAUUGGAGUAAAUGACAUCUAAUUUGUAUAUCAUGAAUGUCAAUCUAUGUUAAUAAUAUACAGUAUGUAUUUCAAUAAGUGUUAUAUAAAACAAAAAUGUUGGUAAUGAUUAUGAAUCGGAUACAGUACUUUAUUUCCACUGCUGCAUUGUUUUUGGAAAACAUGGCACAAUACACAUUUUCUAUUUGUAUGUUUUUCUUUAUGAACAAUAGGACAGUGUGUGGUUUUCAUUUGAACCUUGUUGUUACACCCAUGCUUCUCUUCCUGAUUGAGACUAUUUGGUCGCGAGAAGGAGAGAUGGGGAAAGAAGAGGAUUUGAGAAAGAUGGAAGUGUAUUUUCAGACGUCUCCUAUUUCCACCUUGUGUGUGGAAUCUGACAGACAAAAAAAACAUCUUUUAAUAUGUAAUAGUACAAAUACUUAGUUCGAAUCUUCACAAAUCUGUACUUCAUUAUUUAUAUUUCUGGCAAGUGCCACUUUUACUUUUCCAAAAUAAAAUGUAGACUUUUACUCUGACACAUUUCCCUUAAACAUCUUCAUUACUACAAAAUAAAAUCUUAAGAUUU